UGCACCCCUAGUACCUGUGCGUGGUAUCUGAACCCUUCCCUGUUCUAUAGUUCAAAACCUGGGAACUACACCCCCUGGAAAAAAUAAAAGAACUAAAGCCACGUGCAAUGGCCUCUGGAGAGGGGAAGUGCCUGAGACACCUGAGGAUCGAGAAUGUUUCCAAACAAAGAGCCCAAGGGCACUCCCUCUAGGGGAUUCUGAAAACUUUUUCUGCUGCAUUGGGAUGGUAGGAAAAAGCUGCACAGACACACCUCCUGGCCCCAGGGACCUGCCUGAUUCCAGCUGAUCUUUUAAUGCUCCCUUUGCUGAUGCCGAGCUGCCUCUAGGGCCUUCCUUGCUUGUUUGGGCUAGAUAUUAAUCAUGAUUGACAGACUACAGCUUCUUCAGAGAAGCCUGGGACAACUUGGGUGUUUCCAGACAGCUCCAUCUGGGCUGCACCAAUGUGGGCCCUCCAACCCAUAGUUAGGGCAGCUCACGUCUCUACUGUCUGCCUUAUUAACCGUCCUACUUGGAGCCUCUGGAUCCCAUUAAACCUUGCACUCUUGGUCUGGCUGCUUGGCUCCCAGGUUGCCUGAUUAGAGCUGUGUCAUUAGUAUGUGCUACUCAUCAGCUUUUUAGUUUCUGUUGAAGGAGAAUCUGGCUGGUUACACGACUCUAGUGCUAGGACCUCCAAGUGCCCUGUCUGGGAACUCUGAAAGCAGAACUUCUUGGUGGGCAGGGAGAUUCACCCCUGAGCACCUGAAUAGCAGCAGCUUGAAGACCAGAGAUGGGCAUGGACAUUGGGUGUAAGUCUGGACCCUCUGGCCACCAUUCAAGGCUUGUGUUGUCCUCCUUUCACCUGUUUUUUCCCAUGAGAUCUUCCAGCCCUGACCACAGACUCCAGUCACACCAAGUGUGUUUUACUAUUUCUCACUUUGGAGCCAUUGCAUAGGCUGUUCCCCUUUUCCAUUUCCAUCUGGUCCUUUCCUAUUCAUCACUCAUGUCCCAGCUAGGUGUUGGCUUUCCCAAGAACCUUUCCUGACCCAUUGGUGAACUAAACUGGGUUCCAGUGUGCACUCCCAAGAACCUUGAUGGUGUAUCUCUGUCAUGUUUUUUGUACAGGGCUCCUUGAGGACAAAGAUAUUCUUGUGUUCCCAGGGUUGAGUCUAAUACUAGAUUUUGGCCUCAGAAAAUACAGAAUUGAAUUAAAAUAGGUUAGCUAAGCCCAAAUUUUUCCAGGGACAUAGCAGGUUGGAUGGCUGUGAUGAGCUUGUGGGCAUAUAUCCUGAAGAAGCUGCCUCUGAUUUACAUGGGUCCUCUCCCACUCCCCAACCCCCUACCCUGCUGCCAUGAUAGGUCAGGAGAACAGCGUUUUGCUUCAAGGAGUGGCUCGCUCUGACCAGGUUUCACUAUGUCAAUGGAUGUUAUCAUGGAGAGUAUGGGCAUGAUUGAUGUAUCUACCUGCCCUGACCCCUUUCUCAAUGCUAUUCUUAUUGACUCAUUUCCUCUUGCCUUGGAGGUGCUGAGGGCCGGUUGGCAGAUACCCAGACAGAUCUGCAGUGCCCAAUGCCAUGAGCGUGGUGGUGCAGCAUGUGGAGGAGAAAGCUGUACACUCUUGGUCACGGAUCUCCACGGCAGGGAAGAAGGCCCUGGAGGAGGCGCUACUUGUCUUUAACCCCAUGAGCCAGGAUCUCAGUGCCACAGAGGCCCAGCUUGUGGCCUUCCUGCAGGGCCUACGGGACGAUGGCUUCCAGCCUACCAUCCUGCGCAGUGGUGAUGUCUAUGGCUAUAGUUCAUGUACAGCCAAACCCCCAAGCCAGACGAAGCUGCAGGCUCGUGCCCCUACCCCAGCCACCACAUCACCUCCAGCCAGUGCUCCCCGAACUGCUAUGCGGCUGCCUGCAGGCCGGGCCACGCUGCUUCCCAUGCCACUGUCUGGUAGGCUGGCCAAAGCAUCCACACCAGCCCUCACCAAGCAUGCUACCACCAACCUGCUGCUGAGCUCCCUGAAGCAGUCAAAUGCCAACCAUGCCCAGGGUAGAGCAAUGGGCUUCCCUGCCCACCUCUAUCCAGGUGUCUACCCUGCCAUGCGGCUCUCUGUUGUCCUUGAGGCCCUGGUUCCACUCAAGACUCCCAUGCGCUGCUUGGGUGCCAAGCACAAGACACAGUCACUACAGCUCUCACUUGCAGACUCUCCCCUGAAACUGCGGAAAGGUCCAGCAAAGGGGCUGGGGAACCCCCGGCCCAAAGUUCCCAGAAAAGCCACAAGCAAGGGCCCUAAGUGUGUGAUUCGCAGAGGACCCAGGGCCGGACCCCAACAAAGCACUGGGCAUAAGAGCAAGACCUGCAAAGCCACUGGAUCCCUCAGUGACCCACAAAUGAAAGGUGUCUCUACCCUGAGUACCAAAACAGCCCAAGCCAAGGCAGCUCAAACACUAGCCAAAGCUGUCUGUGCCCAGGUCAAGGUGGCUCAAACACAGGCUAAAGCUGUCAAGGCCCGGGCAAAACCUAAGGCAGCACAGAUCAAAGCCAAGGCAGCAUGUGACAAGGCCAAGGCCAAGGCAGCACGUGACAAGGCCAAGGCCAAGGCAGCACGGAUCAAGGCCAAGGAAGCGCGGGCCAGGGCCAAGGCCAAAGCAGUGAGGGCCAGGGCCAAGGCACAGUCCAAAGCAGUGCAGGCCAGGGCCAAGGCCAAGGUCAAGGCAGUGCAGGCCAGGGCCAAGGCCAAGGCCAAGGGAGUGCCAGCCAGGGCCAAGGCCAAGGUUGCUCGGACCCAGCCCAGGGGCAGGGGCAGGCCGAAAGGGUCUGCUCAGGCCAGGACCACAAGGAAAGGCCAGAAAAGCCACCCUAAGACUGUGGGGCAGAAAAGGAAAAGGGCUGAGGAGGCAAAAGAUCGUCUUCCCCAGAAGCGAACACGGCUUGAGCCUCGAUCCCCUAAGACAUAUCUAGGUCUUGGAACGACAAAGCUACUGAAAUUCCGGGCCAUCAAGGUGGGCAAGCAGUCCUCCAAUGAUGAAGUGCUGCAGCAGGCUCAAAGUAUCCUCCGUGUGAACCUAUCCCCUGUAAUACGGCUCCAGCCAUUACUGCCAUACUCAGUACCCUGAUUUCUUCACAUAGCAAUGUUUGGGGAAACUGAGCCCACUGUCUGUGUUGUCAGUGGCACAAUGUGCAAUGCCCAUGGACUCUAAAACCUUGAGGACUCCAGGCGCCUCUCCAGGGCCCUGGCAGCCACCAGCCUUUCAGACUGGAGGGUGUGGGAUUGGCGUGGGUGGGCAGGAGGGGUGUUUUCAUGGCGCAGUGCACUGUGACUUACUACUCUUCAAGCUGUAUGUCCGCUGUUCCAUCUAUUAAGUUUUAUACCUUUCCAC